AUGGUUCGUAACGGGUUGCUCCUCUGGUUUGGGAGAAUGUCUAGUACGGUCAAUCCUAGCGGCGAUCAGGGCGAUCAGGUAAUUGCAUCAGCUCGAGCACAAAAAGAAAAUGGUCUUGAUCGCAUAGCUUCACUUAAAGAGGCAGGAGCCGCUGUGAUGGAGUUAGACGUCACGGCAUCAGCAGAAGUCCUCAAUGCAAAAGUUGCAGAAGCAUGGGCAAUGUAUGGGAAAAUUGACGUUCUGGUCAACAAUGCUGCCUACAUUGACGCCGGUGUAUUCGAAGAAAUUGAUGAAGAAUACUUGAUCCAGGCCAUCCGCAGCAAUGCCCUUGGCCCUCUCAACCUGACACGCGCCUUACUUCCAUACAUGCGGGGUAGACGGACUGGGACUAUUCUGUUCAUGUCAUCAGUGGGUGUCUACUAUGGUGCGCCAGGCGCCAGCGCAUACGCAGCCUCGAAGGGUCUACUUGAAGGUCUAGUGCCUAACCUCGGUCUGGAAAUCGAGCCAUUUGGUCUUCGAACCUGCAUGGUCACGCCUGGCUACUUUCGUACUAGUGUCAUGACACCAGGCAACAUUCUGUACCGAGCACCGAACCCAUUACAUGAAUAUGGGAACUUGAAUUUGUUGAUUAAGGCAGGUUGUAAUGCUGCGGACGGGAACCAGCCCGGGGAUCCUCUCAAAGCGGCUACUUUGAUCGUGGAAGCUGUCAGAGGUCAGGGUCGAUGCACUGGCAAAGAACUUCCCUUUAGGCUUCCAGUGGGUCCCGACGCAAUAACUGCGAUAAGAGAAAAUUCGUUCGCAAAGCUAAGGAUCUGUGAUGAGUGGGAGGUUUUUGCAUCCAACACCAAUUUUUGA